GUCCGCUUCCCAACCCAAUUCUUUCUUCUGUAUCCUUCCUGGUCAUUACACUAAUUCUUAAUUAAUUCUCAUUCUUCUGCCUUUCUCUCUCUCCCUCUCUCAGAAAAUUAAUGGCGGCAGCUUACAGAGAGCCCGUCGAUCUCUCAGAGAAAUCCCCUGUGUCGCCAGCGCAGCCACUCCACUCCCCGUGGCAUUCUCCUGUGCCGUACUUGUUCGGCGGCUUAGCGGCCAUGUUGGGUCUCAUCGCUUUUGCCCUCUUAAUCCUCGCCUGCUCUUACUGGAAGCUCUCCGGCUACCUUGAAGGCGACGGGGACGGCGAGCGAGACCUCGAAGCCGGCGACGCCAAACUCGACGACGAAACCCAGAAAGCUCCGGUUCCUUACGAGGAGAAAUUCCUGGUGAUUAUGGCCGGACAGGAGAUGCCGACAUUCUUAGCCACUCCGAUGUGGUCGAACCGGUCUGCUUCUUUCGGAGACAACAACACGACUUUUUGUUCCUGCGACAAGAACGCUAAAUCUGAGCUGCCGACGGCGGAGACGACUGUGAAACCAGAGGGGAUCAGCGGCCAUCACGAUCAGCCACAGAGCGAGAACAGGGGAAUCCCAGAAACCUCACAUGACGAAGACCAUUGAAUCUUCUUCCUAUAUUUCUGAUUUUCUUCCUCUUUAAAGCUGCCUCGAAGAAGCUCGUGAGCCAGAGAUAUAAAGUUUUUCCCGACCUUUACUUUUGGUCAGUCUGGUGCGGAUAUGAACGAGCUUGCAUGCCCAGUGAUUGGGUGAUGCAGAAUCCGAGAUAGAUAAAAUCAUAUAGAUCCAAAUCUCCUCCUCCUUAAAUGUAUAGUGAUAACUAAUGAAUUCGGGGACUGUAAAUUCACUUGAGGUGAAAUGAAAAUCUGGUUCUGCUCUUUUUCUUU